UCACAUUGUACUCUUCCGCCGCAGAUCGCAGUGACAAGUACCCAAGAUCUUGCGCAAGACGGGAAGCCGAGACUCCCCCGACCUUCGAAACAUCCACCCCAGCGCUCCGCAAAAGGGUUACGCAGGUCGUCCCUUUCCCUUCGUUUGCAUCAACAAGCACCUUGACUGUUGUGUCUGGAGCAGGUGUCCAGUCACCUCUAUCGGCCGCGCCAUCGUUAUUCCAUUCAUCAUGUCUUCCUUCACGAAACUCUUGACCAUGCGGUCGGCUCUUGUGGCCUCGGUCCUCUUUUUGGCUGCCCAUGUUCCCACGACCGCUGCCUAUGACGAAGUUUACAACGGAUGCUACUCGAGCUCAACGCCCUUGGAAGAUCAAGGAUCGUACACAUACCAAAGUAACGGAUACUGCCAGAAGUUAUGCUUGAAGGACAACUACGCCGUCUUUGCGCUCCACAACAAACAAGACUGUCUCUGCGGAAAUGAACUACCGGCGUCUUCGGACAAAGUAUCGGAUGACGAAUGCAAUCUGUCGUGUGCUGGCUGGCCCUCGGUCAUGUGUGGCGGUGCAAACACAUACUCGGUCUAUCUAACAGGCAUUGAGGAUGACGUGGAUAACUACUCUUCCUCGAGCAGUACUUCCAGCAAAAGCACCGAAGGGACGUCGACUUCGACAACACAGACACCCACAGUUCAUGCCGUCACGAGCGGCGGGCAGACAGUCUAUGUUACCGAAGCUCCUGCCACCCACGCCGCCGAUGCAAGCGCUACCCCAACCGAGAAGUCAAAAAGCUCAAGUGCCAACACUGCUGCGAUUGCGGCAGGUGUGGUCAUCGGAGUGGUCGGCCUCUGUGCGCUCAUCGGUGCUGGGUUCUUUCUCUGGCGUUUCAAGAACCGUAAGUCGGUGGAAGCGCAAUAUCGUCGCAGUGUUGGCGUGGACGGUUACGGACAGCCCAUGGCACAGGGCAGUGACUCCCGAUUCGAUGGUGAUUUCAUGGCUCAAAAACGGCAAAGCAACGGCAGUAUCGACGACGAUCAAGACUUCUCCCGUCGCAUUCUGCAGGUAACCAACCCCGACCGUCGCUGAGAGUCUCCAAUCAUCCUGGCAAGUCGUCGCGUACUUGCGCCAUCCGAGUCACGUUCUUUCUUUCCUCCUGCAACCCGACAGUCCUCUCGC